AUGGCUCUAUGCAUCCGCAGAGGUCUUUGGAUAGUAGCUGUUGUGGUGAUUCUAGUGGUGUGGAGCACUCGGGUGACUGAGGGUGGAGACACUCCAAACCUUAGACAUAGACCUAGACAUAGCCCCUCGGAGGAUUCCUCCCUUAGUUCCGAAGAGGAGGAUUUAUUACAGCGAAAAGCGGCCCGUUUUGAAGCAACUAGGUACCAUCCUCUGGAGUCUCGGGCUCGCGGUGAGAGGGGCUCGACACGCCCCUCGCCUUCCGCUCCUCCCCCUCCACCCUAUCAUGAUCCUCCCUUGGACAAGGCACGUCCAUCUCGUACUUCCCUGUUUCCUGAUAAUCUGCGCAGGCAGAUGCUUAGCUUUCCCGUCUUUGAGGGGGAUGGGGACGAGCGCGUUUACGCCCACGUGGAGUUUGCUCAGAUUAAGGAGCUAGCGGAGGCGGUCAGGAAGUACGGAAUAAAUGCCAACUACACCAUUUCCCUGCUUGACAGGCUAGCGCGGGAUCGAAUGACCCCCAGGGAUUGGCAGGACGUGGCCAAAGCCACGCUACCCAAUAACGGGAAAUUUCUAGAGUGGAAGGCCCUCUGGUAUGAUGCAGCUCAGGAUCAGGCUCGCCUUAACCGCAACGCCCGUGAUGCCACGCAGCAUGCAUGGACCAGUGACAUGCUUACUGGCCAGGGCGUCCAUGCAGAGGAUCAGAUUAACUUACCCUGGGGGGUAUAUCCCCAGAUAUCCUUGCUUGCCAUAAAAGCCUGGAAAGGCCUUUCCGUAAAAGGUGAGACAGGUAACCAACUCACAAAGGUCAUUCAGGGGCCUCAGGAACCCUUCUCUGAUUUUGUUGCACGCAUGACGGAGGUGGCGAGUCGCAUUUUUGGUGACUCGGACGCAGCGACCCCCCUUAUCGAGCAGCUCAUUUUUGAACAAGCGACUCAGGAAUGCAGGAAUGCCAUAGCCCCGAGGAAGGCUAAGGGCUUGCAGGAUUGGCUCAAAGUCUGCCGCGAGCUCGGGGGCCCCCUCUCCAAUGCUGGCCUAGCGGCCGCCAUUCUCUGCUCGCAGCGGCAACGAAGCUCGGAUCCCUCCUGGGACCGCACCUGUUUUAAUUGUGGGAAGCGAGGACACGUUAAGCGUGACUGCAGGGCGCCGCGGGCGACCCCCUCUCUGUGUCAGCGCUGCAAGAAGGGCAAUCACCCCGCCGACCGUUGUCGGUCCGUCCGUGACAAUACGGGGGGGCGGCUCCUCCCACCUCUAAUCUCGGAGGAGCCAAAAAACGGGAGGCGAGGCCCAUGGUCUCAGGGCCUGAACAAGUAUGGGACCGGGUUCGUUCGGGAGGCUCAGGAACAGCAACCCAGUGCAGAGUCACCCAACUGGACCUCCGUGCCACCUCCUCCCUCACCAUAA